AUAAAAUGAACCCCUCUUUCUUCCCUGGUUUGAGCCGCAUAUCUUCUCGUCGCCGGAGAUUAUCAGGUUAUGGUCGCCGUCCGACAACGUGGAUCCCUGAUUUUCUGAUAGUUGUAACAUCAGUCAUCUUCACCGGCGAAGUAUAGCCAUAGUUUUCCUUCCAUUCAGGUCAGUGGAGGUAUAUAUUCAUCAAAUAUAGUCACAAUCAAUGUACCCUAAGCGGUCCAGUGAAGGAGAUGGACCUAUUCCUGGGCCAGUACGAACAAGCGAUAGGCUACGGAGAAGGCCAAAGAUAUAUGGUCGCUCAUACUUGUACUACUCUCCUUCAAUUCUUCGCCCUAAAAGAAACAAUACUAAGACAAGGACUGCAGCUUCUGAGAUUGCAAAGAUGUUGCGUCCUGGUAGCCGGGCAAUGCGGAGCACAAACAAUAAUUCAGUUUCCAGUAACCUUCGGCGUUCUACCAGAAAGAAGAGAAUUCCUGCAAAUCUAGAAGUGUACACUGAUAGUUCUGGAACAGAGGACAACGACCUAAUGAGACCCACAUACCGUAAUACCAGAAAUCAGGUUGAUAACAGUGCUAGUCAAGAUGAGUUGGUGUCUCCCAGACGCACAAAGGUCCUUGCUUCUAGAUCCCUACCUCGGCGUGAAGGGCUAAGGCCUCGGCAUUCGAGAGAAGUUGGACGAAAGCAGCUAAUCAUGGUAUCUGAUGAUGAACCACGUACUUCUGAGGAGGAUAAGGCUGGUCAAGAUGAAACAGAAGAUAAUGAUGCAGAUGAUGGGGUAGGGCAAGAUGAUGGUGAAGGGGAAGGAGAUGGUGAGGAUGAAGGAGAGGAAGAUGGUGAUGACGAAGAGGGUGAAGAAGAGGAACAGGAAGGUAGAAGACGAUAUGAUCUUCGUAAUCGCGCAGAAGUUCGAAGGAUGUCUCUAUCGGAGGGAAAGCAAAGAUCUAGGUCUCCAAGGAGAGUCCUACAACAAGGAAUGGGGACAAAAGUUGGGAGGGAUGUGAGGAGGGGUGGAUCUCGAGUACAUAGACGUCAUCGUCUGACAAGGGCAGAAGAUUCUGAUGACUCUCUUCUUGUGGAUGAGUUGGAUCAAGAACACCCUAUUCCUUGGGGAAGAGGUGGAGGCAGAACUGGUGCACCUUGGCUCAUGGGAGGAGGACUAGACAUACCUGGAACUCCAGCAUGGGGAUUGAAUAUUGCUGCCUCUGGUUGGGGUCACCAAAGUGAUGCUUUGGUUGGUUUGACAUCUGGGGUCCAAACUGCUGGCCCUAGCUCUAAGGGAGGUGCUGAUAUCCAGCCAUUGCAAAUUGACGAGAGUGUUAGCUUUGAAGAUAUUGGCGGGCUUUCUCAAUAUAUUGAUGCCCUAAAAGAAAUGGUUUUCUUUCCUUUACUGUAUCCUGAUUUUUUUGCAAAUUACCACAUAACGCCUCCAAGGGGAGUGUUGCUAUGUGGACCCCCGGGUACAGGUAAAACACUAAUUGCGAGAGCAUUGGCUUGUGCUGCUUCGAAGGCAGGGCAAAAGGUAAGCUUUUACAUGCGGAAAGGAGCUGAUGUGCUUAGCAAGUGGGUUGGGGAGGCUGAAAGACAGUUGAAAUUACUUUUUGAAGAAGCCCAGAGAAAUCAACCAUCUAUAAUAUUUUUUGAUGAGAUAGAUGGACUUGCUCCAGUGAGAUCCAGCAAGCAAGAGCAAAUACACAAUUCCAUUGUUUCUACUUUGCUUGCACUGAUGGAUGGCCUGGAUUCUAGGGGACAGGUGGUAUUGAUUGGUGCAACCAACAGGGUUGAUGCCAUUGAUGGAGCUUUACGGAGACCUGGUAGGUUUGACCGUGAGUUCAAUUUUCCUUUGCCAGGUUGUGAGGCACGGGCAGAAAUAUUAGAUAUCCAUACUAGGAAGUGGAAGCAGCCUCCUACAAAAGAGUUGAAACUAGAGCUAGCCGCCAGUUGUGUGGGGUAUUGUGGUGCCGAUUUAAAGGCUUUGUGUACUGAAGCUGCUAUUCGUGCUUUCCGUGAAAAAUAUCCCCAAGUUUACACUAGUGAUGACAGGUUUGUGAUUGACGUGGAUUCAGUAAAGGUGGAGAAGUAUAAUUUUAUUGAAGCCAUGUCAACGAUAACUCCUGCUGCUCAUAGAGGCGCAAUUGUACAUUCAAGGCCAUUGUCACCAGCUGUUGCACCAUGCCUUAGGGGUCAUCUCCAGAAAGUAAUGAAUAUUUUAACGGAUAUUUUCCCUGCUCUUGUGAUUUCUUCAGAACUUACCAAGAACUCUAUGCUCACCUAUGGUUCUGCUAUCCCUCUUGUUUACCGUCCUCGACUUCUAUUAUGUGGCGGUGAAGGUGUUGGACUGGAUCAUCUAGGUCCGGCAGUUCUGCAUGAAUUGGAGAAGUUUCCUGUUCAUUCUCUGGCUCUUCCCUCUCUUCUUUCUGAUCCAAGUGCUAAGACACCUGAAGAGGCGUUGGUGCAUAUAUUUGGCGAAGCAAGGAGGACAACUCCAUCAAUACUUUAUCUUCCUUCAUUUCAUCUUUGGUGGGAGAAUGCACAUGAACAGCUUAAGGCUGUCCUACAAACACUACUGGAAGAAUUGCCUUCAGACUCCCCAAUAUUGUUACUGGGGGCAUCCUCAUUUUCUCUUGACGAACUAGAUGAUCAAGCUUCUUCAGUAUUUCCUUACCGCACCAUCUAUCAGAUGGAAAAGCCUAAAGAAGAAGAUCGAUCUAUGUUUUUUGACUGUCUGAUUGCAGCUGCUUUGUCAGUAACAUCAGAUAACACAGGUGAAGGGACCAAGAAACAGGUCCCUGAACUUCCCAAAGCACCUAAAGUUGCCACUGGUCCAAAAGCAUCUGAGUUGAAAGCCAAGGCAGAAGCCGAGCAGCAUGCCCUGCGCCGUCUGCGUAUGUGUCUCCGUGAUAUUUGCAAUAGGAUUUUAUAUGACAAGAGGUUCAAUGUAUUUCAUUACCCAGUUCUAGAUGAGGAUGCGCCAAACUACCGCACAAUAAUCCAGAAUCCCAUGGACAUUGCAACUUUGUUGCAACGUGUUGACAGUGGAAAGUAUGUUACAUGUAAAAUGUUCAUGGAAGAUUUUGACCUCAUUCUGGUUAAUGCCAAGAAGUACAAUGGGGACGACUACAAUGGGACAAGGAUAGUGAGUAGAGCCCAUGAACUAAGAGAUGCGGUGCAUGGAAUGUUGUCACAGAUGGACCCUGCUCUUAUUUCAUUCUGUGAAAAAAUAACUGCUGAAGGUGGUCCAACGCCUAUUCCAGAUGAAUUAGAAGAUGGCUCCAUUUUCCCAACGAUUCCGGUUGUCCAGCUGGCAACUGCUGUUACAAGAGCUAGUGCUCGUCUCCGUAAUGUUCAGCCGGAGGUCAAUUUGGACCAGAGCUAUGAAGCUCUUAAACGUCCACCGAAAAAGACCACUGAUGCUGUUCCUGCAGCUGAAGAAGGAUCUCUAAAUCAAGAAGAAGAAAUAGUUCCAUCCAAAUCUGAAGAAGAACAUGAUGAUGAAGAAGAAGAAGCAGCAGCAGCAGAGAUUGCGACAAACCAGGAGACUUCAGAAAGCUUCCAUGAAAAUCAAUCUAAAAACGAAGACAACGAUGUUUGCAAAUUGCAAGAUGAUGAUGUUACAAUGUUGGAUGCAGAGGUUUCGGAAAAGGUAGAGAUGAUAAGGCAAGUUUUUGUGGAACAGACUACAGAUUACGGCAUUCCUCAGCUAGAGAGGCUUUACACUCGGGUAAUGAAGGGCGUGUUUGAAAAUAAGCCAAAUGAAGUUAAUCAUGAUGCUCUUAAAGCUUCAAUUUUAAGUUAUUUAUUGAAGUUUGCUCAAGACAAGGCUAAUUUUUGACAUGAUAAGACAAUAUAAUGCCCUUAGUUUAUUAUAACACUUUUUAAAGGAAAAUGCUUUUUUUUUUCAA